AUGUUGCCACUACGCGCGUCGCUUGCCUGCCGGCGGCUCCCGCGCCGCCUCUCGGCACCUCCGCUCGAGGCCUUCAACACCUCGCGCCGCCUCUCGACGCUCUCUGCUGAUCACACGCCGGCGCCCGAGUUUGACCUGGCCGCCAUCCGGUCCGAGCUGGCGGUGGAGCACGAGCACUCGGCGGGCAGCGAGUGCCGGUGGGACGACGCGUCGGCACCGUGGCACUGGCUCGAUCGCGAGAUGUCUAGCAACAUGGCGGGCGAGACCGGCGCCGUCUGCAUCUACGACGGCGCCGCGGCGGCCCUGUCGCUCCGAGGCACCGCAUCCGCCGAGACGCUGCGUUUCGUUGAUGAGCACCGGGCGGCAGAGAGGCGGCACCUCGAGCUGAUCGAGUGCCUCCUCCCUCCACACAAGCACACGCGGCUGCUGCCGAUGUGGCGUGCGGCAGGCUUUGCCCUCGGGUUUGCUCCCGCGCUCGUCUCGGACCGCGCGCUCUUCAAGACGGUCGAGGCAGUCGAGACGUUUGUCGAAGAGCACUACGGCGAGCAGAUCGGGCCGCUGAAGGUGCACGGCCGCUGCCCGCAGCUGGUGGCGCUGCUCGAGCACUGCUGCGCCGACGAGGCGCGCGCCGGAAAUGAGCGCUACGUAGAGCGCGAGGACAACGACCUCUGA